AUGGUUCUGAUCCUCCCCCGAAGAAUUGCAGCCUUCACAGGCAGUCAUGCCAGUUGGGAGACACAGGGGAAGGAUGGCAGCAGCCUUCCAGGAAGACAGAGCUAUGAAGAACUGGAAAGACAGCUAAAAGAAGUCUUUAAGGAAAGGAGCAACAUACUUCAUCAACUGUUAAAGACUUCUAAAGAACUUCAGGGAAUUAAAGUAAACCUCCAGUCUUUAAAAAAUGAUGAAGUGUCAAUCAAAAAUGAAGUGCAGAAACUUCUGGAACUGGGCCAAAACCAAAGGGAAAUGAAAUCUCUCCAGGAAGCCUUCCAAAUGCAGCUUAAUGAGGCAGCUGAGAAAGCAGAGAAGCAGCAGGCUACUGCUUGAUCCAAUCUUCUUGAAAUCUUCAAAGCUCUGUUUUUCCCGCCAAGGCAUCCUGGCUAUCAGAUCUCUUAUGCUAAUCAAGUCCAAGAUUAACUUUUUGAAGACUGAAAUGGAAAGGAAGAGCAAAAUGAUACGAGACCUCCAAAACGAG